AAUUUGUAGAUCUCGGUUCGAGCUAUCGAUUGCACUGUUGGGAAAUCGAAAUCCAUCGAAUGGUGCAGGAACGGCGAUCUCGUAGACUUUGUAUCGAAAGGUUUACCAUGGUAAACCUUACACAGAAGCCUAGUUUUUGCAUACGCUUACGUCCCCCGAUGUUCUCUAUUCAACGGUGAAAAUCAUAUGUCUCUAUGACUUUUCGUUCAAAUGUGAUAAGCAUUCUGCCGAGCCGCCUCGUUUUCAGAAAAGGAUAAUAGAAGCAAAAUUUGACUCUCACACUCACCUUUUGUACUUCAGUAUGCUCGUCAGUAUAGUCGCGGUGAACCAGCUACAUUCGAUUGGUUAGCUAAACAAUUGCAAUAUCCAUUUCAAACUCCGAAUACAAUUAUGGAUUUAGUACAUUUAGAAGAAGUAUUCGAUUGUCUAGAUCUUUAUCUGUGGUUAAGUUAUCGUUUUACGGAUAUAUUUCCAGAGAAAGAGAUUGUGCGUGGUGUUCAAGCUGAAUUAGAUCAAAUUAUACAUUUGGGUAUUCAAAACAUUGUUAAAUUAAUUCAUCGAACAAAACAUUUAGACGAUGAUUCAGAUGAACUAAUAGCAACGUCAACAUCAAUAACUGAGGAUGCUAUUAACGACAAAAAUAAAAUAUCUGUACGAUCAAUUAUUGGACUCGAAGAAGAAACAGCCAUUGGGUCUACUUCUCGCAUCACCAGACAAUCAUCUAUCACACCAACAACAUCUAGAAAAUCACAAACAAUAAAUUCUAAUCGAUUAUUACAAUCAUAUUUAAAUGCAUUAAAAUGUCAAGCAGAAACACGUGGUCAUGUAUUUGAUAGUAAUGCAGAUUUGAUAGAUCAAUUGAUUGCUAAGGGAUUAUUAAAUCAACGAGCCGUGGAUAAACUUAAAAAACAGUUAGUUAAUUAUAGUGAGUCUGAAGAUAAAACAGCAAAAACAGAUAAUCGUCUAAUUGAGAUAAUGUUAUAA